GAUUUUGGUCGAAAUUUCAGUUAUGAUUCUUAGUCUUAAAGUCUUUCAGUUUACGUAGAAAUGGAGUGGCAUCUAAUUUUUAUUCUGAUUGCUGGUGUCCUUAUAAAUGUAUCUGAAUCUUCUUCGAUUACGGAACGGAACAAAUUUAUUCUGUAUUAUGGAUCGGAUUCAUCUGAAGUGUUCAGCAUAGCGGACGGUACUAAACUACUAAAUAGUUUACAUUUCGAUAACUUGAAAAAGACAGUGAUUUACGUGCACGGAUACAUAGAAAAUCAAACAUCAGUUAGCGUGAAAACGAUCGUGGAUGCUUAUCGUCAAAGAGACGAUUACAACAUUAUUACUCUGGAUUGGCACGACGAUGCUUCAGGAGAUUAUUUACUUAAUGCUGUCAUCAAUGUCAACAGGUUGGGAAAAGCACUUGGAGCAAUCAUUCUUGAAAUAAUAAAUGCCGGCCUGGAAGUUAAUAAGCUGCACUUAGUGGGUCAUUCACUGGGAGGUCAAAUGGUGGGCAGAAUAGGAGGCGAAGUGAGAAGCAAAUCAGAAGGGAAGAUAGUUCUGAAGCGAAUCUCCGCUUUGGACCCUGCAUUCCCUGGAUUUUAUGGUCUAUUCUUAAAACAUAUAACACAUGACGAUGCAGAAUUUGUUGAUAUUAUCCAUACAGAUGCUUGGCGUUAUGGAGCUCCAGAGGACUCAGGCACUGUAGAUUUUUGGCCUAAUGGCGGAAAAUCUCUACAGGCUGGCUGCCCUCGUAGGGGUUUAAAAUUGCUUACAGACAAUGACCUUUGCAGCCAUUGGCGAUCAUGGAGAUUUUGGGCUGAAAGCGUCGCCCGAAAGGGUACUCAACAGUUCAAUGCAGUUAGGGCCAAGCACUGGAGUGCAUUCAAAGAAGGAGAUGUUGGAAGAGAAGAGGGUGUAGUUAUGGGAAACGAUUGUCCAACUAAUAUAACUGGAACCUAUUUUCUCCAAACAAAUAGCGAAAGUCCUUUCGCACGCGGUGAAGCAGGAACAAAGUAUACAGAAAUUAUUUAAAAUCGGUUUAAAUUUGAAUUGUUUAAUUUCAUUCUAUAUGUAAAUCAUUGAGAAUAAAAAGCAAAAAUCCUGAAAAAAAAACUAAGGAAUUGUGCCGCGCAGAAGGAAA